GGAGGUCGUCCUUUCCCGAGAUGGACGACCUCUAUUUUUCUCGCUCCCUCUCCGCCAACUCCCUCCGCAAGUCGCAGUUCCGAACCUCUUCAGGGGCAUCCUGAGCAGUUUGUCUGUAUUUUAUCUUUGUAUGGGAAGGACCAAAGAGGCCCUUUAGAGCCUGGCUGACUUGUGACUAGAGAAUUGCUGAGCUUGGCUCCACAUCCUCUCAGCUGCCUGCCCAGCCCAAACUCCUGAGGAAACCUCCUCAGCCCAGCCCAGGCCUUCACACGCGGCCCAAUGGAGAUCCCAGCAACCCUGGCAGCACUGCAGGCAGAGGUCUACUGUCCCAUCUGUCUGGACUUCCUGACAGACCCCGUCACCAUCCCAUGCGGCCACAACUUCUGUCGCUCAUGCAUCCAGCAGUCCUGGAAGGAUCUCCUGGACAGGUUCCCCUGCCCUGUCUGCCGCUACCCACAACAAGAGAGGCACUUCAGUGCCAACCCCCAGUUGGCCAGGAUGAUUGAUUUGGUCAAGCUGGUGCACAGCAGCAGCAGCCAGAGCAGGCAGCAAGAGAAGGUCCUGUGUGAGCGGCACAACCAGGUGCUGGGCCUCUUCUGUGAGGAUGACCUGGAGGUGGUGUGUGGCCUGUGCACCUCUGACCACCAGGGUCACCUGGUGAGGCCCAUGGAGGAGGCCGCCUCCCACCAUAGGCAAAGGCUCACUAAUUAUAGGGAGGUCCUGAAGAAGCAGGUGGCAGAUGUGCAGAAACUAGUUACUAUUCAAGACAGAAAACUAGUGGAGCUGAGAGAGCAGGCAGGACACCGCUGGUGGAAACUAGCCUCAGAAUUUGAGCACCUGAACCAGUUUGUAGAACGUGAGCAGGAGGCAGCCAUGUCCAAGCUGGCUGAAGAAGAAAGGGACAUUCAGCAGAAAAUCAGUGCCCGCAUAAGGACUUUAACAGAGCACAUUUCCACCCUGAAAGGGCUACUCAAGGAGGUGGCAGAGAGGAGUGUGAUGUCAGAGGUGAAAUUGCUGAGGGAUAUCAAGAGCCUCCAGGUCAGGUGUCAAAGCCUGGAGGCCCCAGCUGUGAGCUCCUUCCAGUUAAGGUGGGAAGGCUUCAGUCUCCCUCCCCUGUAUUCUGCUCUGCAGAAGAUUAUCCAGAGAUUCAGGGAGGAAGUGACUCUGGAUCCCCAGACAGCACACCCCAACCUGCUCGUGUCCAAGGAUCACAAGUCUGUGACAUUUGUGAGGAAAAGGCAGAAAGUGGCCCGGAAUCCGCAGAGGUUCGUGGCUGAGACGGCGGUGCUGGGUACUCAAGGCUUCCGGGGAGGCCGCCAUUACUGGGAGGUGCAGGUGGGAGACAAGCCUGAGUGGGCCGUGGGGCUGUGUCCAGACUCCCCGUCCAGGAAGAGGCAGAGGCCCCUGGCAGGUCAGGACGCGCGCUGGACCCUUGGGCUGUGCGCUGGGGCCUAUGUGGCAGUGGGCCGCGCGUCUGUGCCUCUGGCUCUGAAGGAGAAGCCCAGAGGGGUCGGCAUUUACCUGGACUAUGAGCUGGGCCAGAUUUCCUUUUACAGCGUGCACGACAGGUCCCACAUCCACUCCUUCAGGGAGACAUUUUCUCAAGUACUCAAGCCUUACUUCUGUGUGGGUUGGGAUUCUCAGCCCCUCACAGUCUGCGCAGGAAGAGAUGAUGAGCCCUAACACCUUAAAAGUUGCAGGAGAAUGAGAAGAGACAGUUCCAGGAGAUAAUUUU